GGGAGGAGAAGGAGAUGAGUGCUGGGGUGCUGCCCCCAGGGGGGCAGAGAGCCCCCAGCAGCCCCCAGAAGACCGUGCCCACCUCAUCCAGACCCCGGACAUCCUUCCUCAUCCAGGACAUCCUCUGGGAUGGGGCUGAGCGGAGAACACGGGCAGAGCAGAGUGAGAGAAGAGGUUUUGGCAGCCCGGAGGAUGGGGAACCGGGGGCUGCCCCAGGGGACCCCCCCAGGAGCCCUCGUGCCCCAGGAGCAUCCCCAGCCCAGCCCCAGGAUGCGGACACAGAUGCCACGGCAGAGACCCCCCUGUGCGACUGCGUCCCUCCCAAAAAAUCUCUGCCCCGUGCCCCGCGAGCCUCCCCCCGACCAGCGAAACGCUCGCGGGCGGCGUUCACCCACAGCCAGGUCCUGGAACUGGAGCGGAAAUUCAGCCACCAGAAAUACCUGUCGGCCCCGGAGCGAGCCCACCUGGCCCAAAACCUGCAGCUCACCGAGACCCAGGUGAAGAUUUGGUUCCAGAACCGGAGGUACAAGACCAAGAGGAGGCUGGGGGGAUCCAACCUCGGCGGACUCGAGCCUGGGCGCAAAGUGGCUGAGCCACCCCCAGCCCCGCUGCUGGCACUGCACGGAGGUGCCCGCUACCUGCCCUGCCUCUACUACCUGCAGGGCUGGAGCCCCGCGGUGUGGUGAGCAGGGAGGCAGGUUUUCCUCUUCAAAUAUUUAAUUUUUCCCCACCCUGCCCCGCGCUGUUAUUGCUAAUGGUGAUUAGGAGAUGGAGAAUCUCAACCCUGGCCGCGGUGAUGCUCGGCGUCCUUCUAGUUGCAGCCCAAGCCUCUCUCGUUUCUGUUAUUUUUUAGCCAAACAAAAUGCCAAAAAAAAAGAAAAACGUAAUCCCCAAAGCUUUUAAAAGGGGUCAAUCUGCAGCCAUAAAAUAACACCUGCUUUUUGGGGGACAGAAAGCAAGAGCUGCUCUGUCCCGGCAGCAAGAAUUUGGGCCCAUGCAUCCCUCCGUGCACACGCACAUCAAUGGGGCAAAGCACCAGCAGCUGACCCCACACUGCACCAAGAUGGCCCCAGAUCAGCUGCCUGGGCCCCAGCUGCUGCCAUCAUCUGAUUUUCAUUUAUUAGCUUUAAAAAAAAAAAAAAAAGAAAAAAAAAUGCAUUUCUGCCACUGGCACCACCAUUUCUCACGGACCUCACAGCUGGAUUUCUUUCCAAGCUUUCCUUGUGCUGUCAGGCAGCACCACUCGGGGUAAUGUGUGGGGUUUUGGGGGAGAAUUCAGCCCCUUUCUGCUGCAAGCAACCAAAACCUGAAGUGCCUGAUGGCCACAGACCUGCUGCUGGGGUCACCCGAUGCCACCGGUGCCUUAACAGCCGUGGGAAGCCGCGCCAGGAACGCGGACAAUAGUGCAAUGACAGAUGAGUUUUGCAUAUCCGGGUCUUGCUGCUGUUUGAACACCAACAUACAAGCUAUUUAAAAUAGCAACCACUCAAAGAGUUCAACUUUUCUUAGAAAAAACAACAGUGCCCAGCAUUUGCCAGUGCCAAGGCAGCGGGAGGAUGGUAACGCCUUUCUUGCAG